AUGAGCUCUGUGGCUGAAGAAGGCGCAACGGUGCCGGAUGCGACGCUGCUUGUCUCAGCAGCGUGGGACGCCAACGACCGCGUCCGCAAGAUCUCACUCCAGCUCGACGAUCCUGCGCUGCGAUCCAAGCGGUCGUUUGUCAAGUACGUCAAGGUCAUGAUGGAUAUUGCCUUUCCGGUCGACGUCGCUGUCUACGAGCCGGCAUACUCCGAGUACGUGCUGGUGGAGGCCAAUCCGCCGACCUCGCUCCCGACCGAGCUCAUCACCACCCUGCUUGCAAUCGACUCGUCGGACGAGCCGGUGUACAAGAUCCGGCUCUAUCGGCUUGCACUCGACGAGCCAUUUGCCUGGGGCCGUGCCGGCACGUCGGCUCCAGCCACGCGACCGCCAUCCAGCAAGCGCAAGGUCACGGCGGUGUCGCGGUCAGCGACGUCUACGCGGAUCGCUGCACUCCCAACCAUCGCCUCCGACUCGGUCUCGUCCGACUCGGGCGUUUGCGCGCACGAGAACGAGCUUGUAGCGCGCGGGCUGAGUCAGCAUAACAUGUCUCUCGACAAUCUACUUUCGAUCAAGGCCGCCACAGUCGAUGGCGCAGUCGACGUCUCGCUGCUCAAGAUGUUUUCGGCCGAGCGGUCGUCGCUCAAGUCGUGCGAGACAUCCGAGGCAACAUCCUCGCUCGGGCCCGGAGCGUCAGGCGGUGAGCUGGGCGGAGGCGCCGACAUCGGCUCGGCGGGCAAGCGGCGGUUCCGGCACCGGCGUCUGUUCCCGUUUGAGGCACACGGCGGCCAGGCGGCGGCGCCGCAUCCGUUUGUCGACGGCAACUCGCGGAUCACGGUCAUCGACUACUCGCACGAGAAAAAGCGCAUGUUUGAGGUCGACUCGGUCGACGAGCUGCUCGCGCGGCCCAAGCCCGAGUGGGCGCACGUCCGCUGGGUCAACGUUGAGGGCGUCGACGUGACCAUCCUCUCGCAGCUCGGCGCAGCGUACAAGCUCCAUCCGCUGUCUGUGGAAGACGCGGCGACGCUGCCGCACCAACCUAAGCUCACGCGGUUUCCGGGCCAGUUCUUCCUCCUCCUCUACGCCAUGCACAUGUAUGUCGACAACGACGGCGGGCGGGCGGUGGCCUCGGUCUCGCCGACGUCGCUGCCCGGCGCCACGCCGCUGCAUGCCAACGCGGCAUCUGCGGCGCACGCUGCGGCUGAUGCGUCCGAAAGCGACGACGUGGCCAGCCCGGCAAGCGUUGCCGGCGGCCACGAGUUUCGCGCCGAGCAGCUCUCCCUCUUUGUCCUCCGCGACAUGGUCAUCACCGUGCAAGAGGCCAAGCACCCGCAGUCGACGUACGAGUGCAUUUGGAAGCCCGUGCUCGAUCGUGUCAACUACCCCAACUCGAAGCUUCGCUCUGGCGAUGCCACGUUUCUCAUGUACGCCAUUCUCGACUCGGUCGUCGACCAGGUCUUCCCCAUCACCUCCUUUUGGGGCCUGCGCGUUGAGCUCCUCGAGGAGGCCAUGAUGAAGGCGCCCGACCGCACGCUGCUCGACACCGCCAGGCUGCUGCAGAAAGAGCUCAAGCGGCUGCGCACGCUGCUAUGGCAGACCAACGAGCUCGUCAUCUCGCUCCAUCAAGACACCAACAUGUCGCUCUCGACCCGCGCGUACAUGACCGAUGUCAUGGAUCACCUCGGGCUCAACAUCCAGAUGUGCUCAACCUACGUCGACGCCGCCGCCGCCGUCGUCUCCAUGUACAAUGAUUUCCAGAACGAGGUCAUGAACAACACCAUGAAGCGCCUCACCGUCUUCUCCAACAUCCUCAUGCCGCUCUCGUUCCUCACUGGCACCUACGGCAUGAACUUUGAGGUCCUCCCUGAGCUCACCUGGCGCUACUCGUAUCUGUUUUUCUGGAUCGUCGCCGUCGUCUCAUCCGUUCUCCAGCUGAUAUGGUUCCACAAGAAGGGCUGGCUGUAG